AUGCGGUCGCUGGUACUAGGUGUCGUUUUCUCGCUGCUUGCUGGACAGGUAGUCGACGCCAACGUUGGCUUUCCCAAGGCGAAGCGAGGGGAGGGAUUCCUCUCUGUGCCUAUUGGGACUGUUGACAGGCCCCAUUCCGCUAAGCGGGAUACCAAGGCUAUCGUGUCUGAGCUGGACAACAGGGAGUUUUUCUACACGACCGACGUCGAGAUCGGAAGCCCUCCUCAGAAAUUGACACUUCUCGUCGAUACUGGAUCCAGCGAGCUCUGGGUAAAUCCGGACUGUGCAAAUGCACCAAGCGAUACCCAAGUACAGCAGUGCAAAAGCUUCGGACGUUAUACCCCGAAAAAUUCCAAGACACCGGCGGUUGGUCCAUUCGGAAACGAGUCAAUCAAAUAUGGCGAUGCCGCAGAUAGCUCGACGCAUACUAGCGUCAAUCUGACAUACUAUGCCGACGAUAUUACACUGGGUGACGCGGUCAUCAAGAACCAGACAUUUGGCACUGUUGUCGCGAGCUCGGGGCAGUUUGCUGGCAUUUUCGGGCUUGCUCCCGACAUGAAGAGUGGAUUUGACGGCAAGGAGCCUUAUAGUUUAGUCCUCAAUUCGAUGCUUGACCAGGGGAUUAUUGCGGCUCGCGUCUUCUCUCUUGACCUGCGCCAUUCGGAGUCCACAACCGGCGCUGUUAUCUACGGCGGCAUCGACAAGAGCAAGUUCAUUGGCACCAUGGAGAAGCUGCCCACCAUUCGCGGUUCGAGCGGAGAGUAUCGUCUCGGCGUGUCGAUCAACACCAUGGGUAUCACAAUCAAGGGACAGAACUCCACCUACCAGCUUCUGGGAGACGACAAGAAAGUAAUGCUGGACUCGGGAACCACCAUCACCCGUCUACGUGAAACAGCAGCCAAGCCAAUCCUUAAAUCCUUGGGGGCUAUACAAGACACCAAUGGCUACUACCUCGUUGAUUGCAAAAGACGAGAGGAAGCUGGCAGCGUCAGCUUCGGAUUCGGAAACAAGACGAUCGCUGUUCCCUUCAGCGACCUGAUCAUGGAUUUCCAAGCGGCUGCUGAUCUAUGUGUAGUCGGCAUUGUUCUGACUACUGAUCAGCAAAUUCUUGGAGAUACCGUCUUGAGGGCUGGAUAUUUCACGUUUGAUUGGGAAAGCGAGUCUGUCCACGUGGCACAGGCUGCCAACUGUGGAGAUAAUGACAUUGUGGCCGUCAGCAAGGGAGACGACCCCGUGCCCAGCGUGACGGGUAACUGCCAAGAAAAGGAUGCCCUUUUCACUGGUGGUCCGAUCUCAACGUCCAGCCAGGCUUCAGCAACACAAACAAGUAGUGGAAGCUCACAGGCCACCCAAUCAGAUGGCUCACAGGAGAACAGUGGGAAUGGGUCUAGCAAUGACCAAGGUGCUGGAGCGCACGUCCAGGUCGUGGCUUGGACGCUAAUGGCAGCGGCUGGUGCUGGCUUUUUCAUGAACUUGCUUGCUUAG